AGAAGUAGAUCAAGCGGCAGCGGCAUCUUGACUAUUGAGAUGUUCAAGAUGGGAGAGAAAGCAGAAGAAGGGAGCAGGACCUGGGUCAAGUUGACAGGAAGAUUCGGGAAAAAACUCAGGCAGCAAGACCCAAAAACAGAGGAGGCGGAUUCAGACCGUAGCGACUCGCCGGAGGAAGCCGGCAGGAGGUUGUCGGUCCGGGAGGAGGAACUUUUGAGUCGGGUCCAGCCCGACCAGGAAGGCGAGGACCUGCUUUGCCGAGAUCUGGAGCUCCUCAAGCUGCAGAUCCUGACGACGGUCCGUCGGAGCUUCGCCGGCGAUCCGGACGCCGACCUGGCGAGCGCCGUGGCCGUCUUGCGGCAGCAGGAGACCCUGGACCGGCACCGGGAGGGCGGCGGCUGCCGGUGGAGGCCCCUCAAAUGUCUGGGCGCUCACAACGCGCUGCUCGCCGACGUGGCCGAGUUCAGGCUAGCGGAGGCUGCACGAGACGCCGACCGAGACGGAGCCGGAGGCCUCUCCACACCCCUCAAGAGACAGGUAUGCGGGGCGGGCAAGCGCGUGAAGGAGGACCUGCUGAGGUGUGCGCGUACGCUGCAGCCCUGUUACGACCCCGACUUGGACGUGCUCAACAUCUACGCCGGUUUGUGUCAUCAAUCGUUCGCGGCCCGAUUGAGCGACGCCGUCCAAGCCGGCCCGGACGUCGACGAAUGCGCCUACCUGCUCUUUUGGGUCAACACGUUCUACCCGCGGGAAAUCCUGAAACAUGAGGAGCUGCGUGGCAAGUUGAAGAGCGACUGUCUGGGCGCUCUGCUCCCAAGGGAGCAGGUGCGGCAGCUAGAGGAACGGGUCGCCAAAAACAAGGAGGAGCGCCUCUGUUCGUGGCUGCAUAAAGUCCUGCAGCGGGAAGAGGAAAACUGGAGCGGCGGUAAAAUGCCGGAAGUCAUCGACGACUUCUUCUUCUGUCCGCUAGCUGUCGACGUCAUUCAGGUGAUCGACGGAUCCCUCGCCGACUCCGACUACUUCAGCGGUGGCGACAGAACUGAUUCUCGCUGGAUUGCAGCUCACCUGGAGAACUUCCUCCUCAGUUACAAGAAGAGCCUGGAAAAGUUGUCGCAGGGAAAUGACGAGCACGCGACCACAUGGAUGAAAGCUCACUUGGCUUGCCAGGAACAACUCAGAGAUUAUGUUGGAAGGCGAGCAGAAGAUCAACCGGGAAGUCAAGAGAGUGGUCGCUGUGAAGCCAUUUUGGAUGAGCUACGGGACUUUGUUUCGGUCGCGUUCACCCGUCCCAUCCACGAACACCUCAAGGUGUAUUACAGGCAACUGUGGACGCCAGGGUGGUGCGACGGCUCGCUUCCCGUCAUGGACUCUCUGCUGGAGGUUUUGUUUCACGUCUUGGACCAGCAGCUGACUCACCUCAAAGCUUCCUGCAAACAGAGCUUAACGCGGACGUUCCGGCGGGAGUUGGAGGUGGAGUACGCCAGGAGGAUGACAAAAAGCCGGCUGAAGGGCGAGCAGGAUUGGGCGGCCGCCGCCCGUCGGAUGUUGGACGACGCUCGCAAGAUGGACGACUUCUUCCGCGUGGCGGGCUGCGAUGAAAGUCGAUGCUUCGGUCAGAUGCCGGUCAACGUCGAAGCGCCUCAUCUGGGAAGCAUUCGAAAGGACAUGCUGGCCUUCGCCAGAAAAUUCCUGGACUUCAGAUGUAAACUCAGUGACCCGGCAUCGUCAACUAUUGUGGGCGGAGCGGAGGAGGUGCUUACCCCCACUGAUCGGAAGCUGACGCUCUUCUUCGGGCCGAAAGCUAGGCAGUGGCUGAGGAGCAGACUCUCUGGAAAUUAUUGAUCGUUAUCCUUUUGUUUUUUUCUUUUAAAACCUGUCCUGUUCAGCUGCUUUGACACACCCACACUAUCUAUGAAUGUAGUGGUGCUAUUGUUAGCUAAUUGUAUUUCCCGUGGACACCAUGUGGGGGUCAAACAGAGGUGAUUAAGCAACACAAAUGAGCAAUGUGAGGUGUAUGUGAAUCACUUGUACGUGGGGAUAUGUUGAUAUCCUAUCCUAUGCUGCCUAAUCGCAAAUCCUGGGAUCGACAUUCUCUCUACUUGAGUGUGUCUAAUUGCACCCAGUGAAACCUAUUAAACAUGUGAUAGUCCUGCAGACAAGUGGAAAUGCUGCACCAGGGCCACGUCCCCUACCCAGCUAAUGGGGGGGUGAGCCAGCACAGCCUGUCCCAUAUCCCACAGAUCCAGCAAAGCGGCCGCUGCCAUGCCCCGGGGACCCAGGGUGGUCCUCUGGACCAGGGGUCUCCAACCUAUUCCACAAAGGCCCGCUGUGGGUGCAGGAUUUCAUUCCAACCAAACAAGAUGACGACACCUUUUCACCAAUCUGGUGUUUUACAAGUGCAAUCAGUUGAUUGUAGUCAGGUGUGGCUUGUUUUAGCGCACAGGUGUCAAACCGAUUCCAGAAAGGGCCAAGUGGGUGCAGGUUUACUUUCCAACCAAUGAAGAGGACACCUUUUCACCAA